AUGGUGAAGCCCGUUGUUUCGGCGAUGAAUGCGUGGACAUGCAUUGUCGUGUCGCUCUUUGCCAUCGUCAUUCUCUCCACCAUAGGAUCCCUGUUCAAAGGACAUAGCAACACGGUAAUGGGCGGAGAGGAAGACCCCAAGGACGGUGCCGCUGUUGCUGGCGCCGUCUUCGGCGCCGUCUUCAUAUACAUUGGGUUCUUCGUUUUCUGUGGACUGCAGGCCCUCCUUCACCUGCGCGAAAGCCGUCGCGGCGCGAUAAGCCUAUCAUGA